AUGUCAAGCGACCAGAAGAAAAAUAACCCUACUCCUAAAGCUGGAGACAUGGUUGAAUUUCCACGUCCAGCUGGUUACUCCCACUUCGGAACUGCAGAUGGAAAGGGCAAUGUGAUCCACGCCACAUCUGACACCAAAGCGAGUGGGAGUGUGAUCAAAAAGCAACCUCUGGAGAAGGUGGCUACGAAUGGAAAUUUCAAAGUCAAAAACCAAGACGACAAGAAGACCCCUCUCCCUCCUGACACUAUUCUUUCACAGGCAAAUGCCAGAAUUGGCGAAAAAGUGAAUUACGGGCCCCUGACCUAUAAUUGUGAAACCGUUGCCUCUGAGAUGAGAUACGGGAAAGGCCAAGGCCAUUCUGAACAGGUCUUGCUCAAAGUCUCAACACAUUUUUGA